GUCAUGCUUCAGGGAUAUAAUAUAUUCAGCCAUGAAUGGCAACCUAUUGAAAGCAGCAUUGCCUACUAUAAUCAUGCCAGUCCUGUAGGCUCAAAUUCUCACGUUAUGUUAGUCCCUGUAGAUAAGCCAAAAGGCUUGGCAGACCGGCAGGCCGAGAUAUGUCAUCAUCGACCAACCAUCUGUCUCGACCCCCGUUUGCCAUCAACACCUACUACCUAGCUACCUAGCUACACCACACCAUCGACCCAUCCCUACCUCCUCUCUAAUCCGCCUUACGAACCCCAGAAACUGACCCUCCUCACCCUCAACAUGGCGCCUAUCCGGCGCUACCUCCGCAUCAGCAAAUACACCAUCCUCGAAUGCCGCAUCUACCUCGACAACCCGUCCGACACGCGCUGGCUCCUCGACUCCCGAGAUCCCGUGCUCCCUCGCAUUUUCGCCGCCAUCCGGCCCCUGGUCCUACCGAAGCUGCGCGAGGAGAACGAGCGCCUGUUUGCCCGCAAGAAGGGCCAUCCCGUCAAGGAUGUGAUCGCGGAAGAUGAGUUCGAAGUUGCGUUGUUCCUCCGCGAGUCCCGGACGCGUCAUUCGCUUCUGACGCGGCACAAGGAGUUCGAGGAUCAGGGUCAUGGGACCGGGGUGGGUAGGAAUAAGGGCAAGAAUCCUGAGGCAGGGACGCAGGCCGACACGGGGAUCCUGGUCGAGAGCGAGAGCGAGGACGAGUCGGGACUGCGGAACAUCCCCCAGGCGGGCACGGACGAGGACGAAGACGGUGGUGAGACGUCAGGGAAGCGGAGGCGAGCGACGGCGGGUUCGUCGGGUGACGACGUGCGUGUGUCGAAACGGCAGAAAGACCAGGACUGGGGGGACGACGACGGCGAGGACAAGAAGAUGCGCUUCCGGACCAACUACGAGGGGUUCAACAUCUACGGCUGGACGCUGUGUCUGCUGGUCACGCGGAAGGGAGGCAGGGCGCGGCCUGCAGCGACGCCGUCGGAGCCUUCGCGGCAGGCUCUCAUGGAGGAAUGGAUGUCUACGCAGCAGGGUGAUGUGGAUGAAGAAUAA